UUUGUUUGCAGUCCUCCCCUAUAUCAUCCUGGCCAGAUGUGAGCUCCGAGUUACAGACAACUCGCCUUCAGAGAAGACUGUCACUUCUUGGAUCUGUACAUCAAACUCAGCAGCAGAGAUGAAUGCAAAAUUUGCCCUGGCACUGAUCCUCACUCUGCAGGUCUCCUUGAGCCUGUGCGAAAUCCCUGCACCAUCACAGGAACUUGUUGAUAAGUAUGAUAGCAUGAAAGCUACGUUCUACAAGAGGUUGCUGAAUCUCUACAAGAAGCUGCAAGAUGCCAGUGCUCCUUACGUGGAGUCAGCCAGUACAAGUGAACAUGGACAAAAUGUCAGAAACUUCUUUGAGGAGUUGCAGACCAGGCCAGGAUUCCAAGCCUUCGUCAAAGUUUCCACUGGCGUCGGUGAGGAGGCAGCUCCCCUGGUGGAAAAGGCACGCGCAGCACUGCUGGGUGCGUAUGAACACUACCUUCGCCCUUAUGUUGGCACAGAACUGAGCAACGGGAUCGACCACGUCAAGACCCACCUGGACACAUUCAUGCCUGCUGAGUAAAGACAACCAACUGAGGGAAACUGCUCGUUAGCAGCCUGUAAUCGAUAGAUCAUAGAAACUACACCAGCUUAGGUUAAGAAGAGCAAUGUACAAUGCAAAUACAAUCAUUUGCCUCUUUUCAAAUUAACAUUCUUGAAAAAUUGUGCAGUUAAAAGUGUUAAAAGGAGGACAAACAUGUCGACACCACCUAUGCAAAUUGUGCAUGUACAAGUAUUUUGUGUUUGAUACACUAACCAAAGUGUGAUUGUGUAUGUAUGUGUGUGAGUGUGUUCAUUAAAAUGAACUAGAAUCUA